AUUGAGCUGUGUCAUCAGUUCCCUCACGGUAUCACAGACCAGGUGAUUCAAAAUGAUAUGCCUCACAUGGAAGCCCAGCAGCGAGCCAUGGCGAUCAACAGGCUGCUCUCGAUGGGGCAACUGGACCUUCUCAGGAGCAAUGCAGGUCUCCUAUAUAGAAUCAAAGAGUCUCAAAAUGCAAGUAAAAUGAAAGGCUCUGACAAUCAAGAGAAGCUGGUUUACCAAAUUAUAGAAGAUGCAGGCAACAAAGGUAUUUGGAGCAGGGACAUUAGAUACAAAAGUAAUUUGCCUUUAACGGAGAUCAACAAGAUACUGAAAAACUUGGAAAGCAAGAAACUAAUUAAAGCAGUUAAAUCUGUGGCAGCAUCCAAGAAGAAGGUGUAUAUGCUAUAUAACCUGCAGCCUGACCGGUCAGUGACUGGUGGGGCUUGGUACAGUGACCAAGACUUUGAGUCUGAAUUUGUGGAGGUGUUAAAUCAACAGUGUUUUAAAUUUCUACAGAGUAAGGCGGAAGCAGCUCGAGAGAGCAAACAGAACCCCAUGAUACAGAGGAACAGCUCAUUUGCCUCAUCCCAUGAGGUGUGGAAAUACAUCUGUGAACUGGGUAUCAGUAAGGUAGAGUUGUCAAUGGAAGACAUUGAAACCAUUUUAAAUACGCUAAUAUAUGAUGGAAAAGUGGAGAUGACUAUUAUUGCUGCAAAGGAGGGGACGGUAGGCAGUGUGGAUGGACAGAUGAAGUUGUACAGAGCCGUUAGUCCUCUCAUACAACCCACUGGAUUAGUCAGGACGCCAUGCGGACUCUGCCCUGUUUUUGAUGAUUGCCAUGAAGGUGGUGAGAUUUCUCCAUCAAACUGUAUUUAUAUGACAGAGUGGCUGGAAUUUUAAAGUAAAGGAAAACUGUAAACUGGAUUCACACGUCACAGCCAAGGUGACAAAGCAGUUUGCUAUUUUUAAAAGUGGACUUCCAAAUUUGUGAGCAACUUCAGGACAUGGAGUGACUUUGUUUUUAAUGAAACAUAAAGCAGCGUGUCAGUUGCGUGAGCAGUCCUGUGAGCGGACUGGAAAUCAAGUUAGCACUGAAGAUCAAGGCUGAAGUGGAAAUGUAGAUCCAUUCUUGUACCAAA